UCCUACUCUGUGGACACUCAGCUAGCUCACCACGGUAAAUAUCCCCACAGACUCCUUAUGAUGGCUAAAUCAUGUCUAUUCUGGAGCUUUCCUCAUGCAUGCCCCCUUGACACAGGUGACAGGGACCAUGUCCAGUCGACAGCCAUCCCCAAUGCUGUCCGUGCAGCCCUGCAGGGGUCUAUGGGACGAAAAGCUCUCCAUCACUGUGCAGAAAUUACCUCCAGGACAGGAGGUGACCCUGCACAGCCUGCUCCACUCCGAGGACGGGGACCUCUGGGAGGCUUUUGGCCACUAUGUCAGCGAUGCCACCGGAGCAGUCCGAGGUGCAGAGGAUGCCAGCAUGGGAGGAUCAUACACAGGUGUGGAGCCUAUGGGCUUAUUGUGGGGUCUGAGCCCAGCAGCAGGGAGCAGACCUGGUCUCAGCCUCGUGCUUCCAGGCUCAGGAAGAAGGACGUCUGCACCCCGAGUGUGAUCCACAUUUCUGUGUACGGAGGUCACGUUGUCCAGGGUUUCAAAGAGAGGAAAGCCCUGGCCUCGGUCAAUGCCGAGCGCUGGUACCUGGCUCCUGGUGUCCAAAGGAUCGAGGUCAAUGAGCAUGGACUCACUGGGACCCUGUUUUUACCAGCUGGUUUGGGACCCUUCCCUGCCAUCCUGGACCUGUGGGGAGGGGGAGGUGGUUUGGUGGAAUACCGCUCGGCCCUUUUGGCGGCUCAUGGAUAUGCCGCGCUGGCACUGCAGUACCUAUCACAGAAGGAGAUGCCAAGCAUGGGCAAUGAAUACUUUGAGACUGCGUUCACCUUCCUGCAGAACCACCCCCGGGUGUGUGGGGACAGGGUGGCACUGUUUGGGCUUUCCUUUGGCACCUCCGUGUCCCUGAGGCUGGCUGCCUACUCCACGGUGAUCCAGCCCAGGUGCCUGGUCUGUGUCAGCGGCAGCCAUGUCCAGCCCGUCGGGCGGUCCCUGGCUGAGAUCUAUAUACAGUUUGUAAAAAAUGUCCACAAGACCCGGUAUGACGACCAGCAGCGAAUGAUUUGGCGUGACCUCCCGCUACCCAUUCCAACAGACGCCAGCCAGAAAGUCGACGUCGGGCGGAUUCGGUGUCCUGUACUGCUCAUUGUGGGAGAAGAUGACCAGAACUGGCCAGCAUCCGAAUCUGCAGAGGAUAUGGAGAGAAUGAUGGAGGAGGCCGGGAAGAGCCAUCUGCUCACCAAGCUCUCCUACCCGGGGGCGGGGCACCUAAUCGAGCCACCCUAUGGCCCCCACAUACGAGCGAGCACCUUCAUCAGUUUGGGAACCAAAGCCCUGUUGCUGUGGGGUGGGCAGGCACAACCCCACUCUCAUGCCCAGGAAGACUCCUGGCAGAAGAUCCUGGCCUUCCUGGAGAGGCACCUGUAUGGCGUACGGGUGAUGGCAGGUCUCUAAGGGCCACAAGGUAUUGGAGGGAGAAGAUGGAGCAGGAGAUGGCAGCUAAUCUCCAGUUCAGCCUUGGCUACACUAUGGAAUCAUUGCUAAGUAAUAACUGAGUGUAAUAAAGGUUCAUAUGAUGAUUAUAAAGACAGCAGUCAAAUUUCAUUAUUCAAAUACGCCACAGUCACUGAUUGUCAAUCAGAACAAUGUAAGAGAGCAAUAAUUCAAAUUCCAUUAAAGUCUGAAUUAUUGACUGA